AUCCUGCUACCAGGUGCUGGUCUACUACGAUCGCGCAGGCUACGAGAGGCCACCAAGAUCCCAUUUAAUUUUAGCAAUUAGGGCGGGUGUUCUAGAAGGUGUUCACGCGAUCUGAAAGUUAGCUUUUAGGUCUAGGACAGGACAGCAAGUUUGGUGUCAGAAGGGCUUGGGCAGAGUGCGAGAGAGGCAUGGGCCGGGCCAGGAAGGGCAAAACGGGCCGCGGCGCCUCCUGUAACCAAUAAGGCCUCGGCGCCGGGGCCUGGCGGGGGGCGGCCAUCUUGGUAAGGCCCUGAGCGGCGGCCGGCGCGGAGCUGACGCCGGUGGGGCUGCCAGAUUCGAAGGACACAACGAGUGAGUGACCGGUCAACGUGGAGCGAAAUCUAGCUCGGCCAGGGCCCCGCGCGGCGUGGGGGCGCCCGGUGGGCCUCGGAUGCGGCGCCGGCUCGCCCCCAGGAUGGUGAGGCGGCGAGCGCUGAGGCGCUGCCUGCAGUUGUUAACGCCCUCGGCGGAGCCGGUGCGGCGGAGCCGGGGGCGGAGAAACCCGGGCGCUGGCCACCGUCGCCCCUUCCGCUGCCCUGGGGCGCUGUGUCCGGGGGCGCUGUGUCCCGUAGCCGAAGAGCAGCAGCAGAGGCGGCGGCGGCGCGCGCACCUGACCGACCAUCGCGUCAGCUCUUCAGGAAAGGACAUGGAUGAAAAUGAAAGCAACCAGUCCCUGAGGACAAGUUGCCAAUAUCCUAAAGAAGCAGUAAGAAAGCGCCAAAAUUCACGGAAUUCUGGAGGAAGUGAUUCUUCUAGGUUUUCCAGGAAGAGUUUCAAACUGGAUUACAGACUAGAAGAAGAUGUAACUAAAUCAAAGAAAGGAAAGGAUGGGAGAUUUGUUAACCCUUGGCCAACAUGGAAAAAUCCCUCUAUUCCAAAUGUUCUCAGAUGGCUGAUGAUGGAAAAAGAUCACAGCAGUGUUCCAUGCUCCAAAGAGGAGCUCGAUAAAGAACUCCCAGUGCUUAAGCCGUAUUUUAUCUAUGACCCUGAAGAAGCUGGAGUGAGGGAAGCUGGCUUAAGAGUCACGUGGCUGGGACACGCGACAGUGAUGGUGGAAAUGGACGAGCUCAUCUUGCUCACGGACCCCGUCUUCAGCACUCGGGCCUCCCCGUCGCAGCGCGUGGGUCCCAAGCGGUUCCGUCGCCCCCCUUGCACUGUCGGUGAACUGCCCCGGGUAGACGCGGUCCUCAUCAGCCACAACCACUACGACCACCUGGACCACAGUUCUGUCGUCGCUUUGAACGAGCGGUUUGGUAACGAGCUGAGGUGGUUUGUGCCUCUGGGGCUCCUGGACUGGAUGCAGAAGUGUGGCUGUGAGAACGUGAUCGAGCUGGACUGGUGGGAGGAGAACUGCGUGCCCGGACACGACAGGGUGACGUUUGUGCUCACCCCUUCCCAGCACUGGUGUAAGAGGACUCUGACGGACGACAACAGGGUUCUCUGGGGCAGCUGGUCUGUCUUGGGGCCCUGGAACCGAUUCUUUUUCGCAGGAGACACUGGUUAUUGCUCUGCUUUUGAAGAGAUAGGAAAAAGAUUUGGACCUUUUGACCUUGCAGCUAUUCCCAUUGGAGCGUAUGAACCAAGGUGGUUUAUGAAAUACCAGCAUGUAGACCCAGAAGAGGCUGUAAAGAUUCACAUUGAUGUGCAGACAAAGAGAUCUGUGGCAAUUCACUGGGGAACUUUUGCCUUAGCAAAUGAGCAUUACUUAGAACCUCCAGUGAAACUGAGUGAGGCUCUAGAGAGAUAUGGACUUAAGGCUGAAGAUUUUUUUGUCUUGAAGCAUGGAGAGUCAAGAUACCUUAACACUGAUGACGACAACUUGGAGUAAAUGUGAGCACAGGAGCUUCUAAUGAAAAAGGCAUCAUCUGAUAUAAAUCUAAAAAGACUAAGAAAUUCAUGAAUAUUACGAUUUUUUACAUUUGGAAACAGCUUCUGCAGGUCUGUGUUCUAUGUUGCAACCUGCUUACUAAUAUGAUUGCCAGUUCUUAUAAACAGAGAAGAGUUCGAGGUGGGUCAUUUAAAUAAUGAAGGCUAAUGUGGAUUUUAAGUCAUGUCUCAGUGACAUAAACAUUGCAAUGGAAUUUUUUUUACUAAAGCAUUCUACUUUAGUGGUAGAGUUUUGAGAUUAUGAAAAACUGAUUUUAAAAACUCAUUUCUGUUCUUCUCUUCUUAGGGGCCUUCUGCACGGUAAGUCAAGGCUGUCUGCCUACUUAGAUUUUCUCACAGGCCUGCACAUAGAAACAUAUUUCUUACAUUCAUGUUAGAGCAAAUGAUGACAUUGAUUCCCCACAUGGUUAUAUGCCAAAUGUUAAGUGAUUUAUUUUUUUAAACAUAAAAACAUAGGAGUUUGGGCUAAGUUACCAUUUUUUUUAUAGAGAGGAAUAAUAUACUAUGUGGCAUAUCUACAAUCCCCAAAUCAAAAGCCCUCUGAGCUGGGCAGAGGAAGGGGAAGUGUGGUUAUGAGAACAUGAUUUGUGAAAUGUUCUAUUUUUAAUCUAAAAGUCAGACCUGCUCAGCACGAAUAUAGCUGCAAGGAAAUAAUUUACAAAGAUAAAUGCAGAUCUUAAAUGUUAAUAGACCAUAUACUUUGAGUUAAAUUUUAUUCUUUCCAUAUUCCAUCUUCUCUCUAUAUAUAUAUACUCAUUAUUUUUUCUGGUUUCUUAGCUCAAACCCCAGUAUGUCAGUGAGCUUAUAAGAAAUAUUUUCUGUUUUACAUGAUUCUCUUAUAUUUUUAUAUUACACGAUCCUUGAGCACGGUUCUACUUUUAUUAAGCCAGUGUGGAAUAUUAGUGGUUAAAAAAGAGACAGUGAUUCUGGGAGUCCACUGCCCUGAGUUUUAGUCCUAGACACGCUCUACAUGCACUCCAUUACUCUGAACCUUCCUAAAUGAGAGAGCUGAUUAGAGGCCCCUUCUGUCUUCCCAAUCCAGCCUCAGUGAAAUGAACUUUAUUCAUACAAAAUAAUCAAAAUAGGUUUCCUACACCAAAUGUUACCCAGGUAGUGCCCUGUAAUUUAUUUUCACAUAUAUAUGCAUGUUAGCCACUUAAUCUGAAUUUUAAUCCUGCUUCCACCUUGGAUUUUCUGUGUGCCCUAAAACAAGUCACCUAAGCUCAAUGUGCCUCAGUGUCCUCAUGUGCAUGCAACAAGAGGAUGAUUUUCACCUACCUCCAAAAACUGUUAAGAAUAAAUAAGUCUUUUAAAAAAAAAAAAAAAAAACACUUUGAAAAUAUAA